GCACAUUGCAAGUUUAGUGACAGACCAGCAUCAGGCUUGGUCUUCGUGCUCAAUAUAUCGUUUAUCUCGCAAUCUUCUACUACGCAAACUUUUCUUUGUAGUUAUCAAAAAAUAAGUAGUGAAACGUAGUGAAUUUUUAAACGAAAGCAUCUUAUAGAAAGUGAUUGUAAACAUGGACAUCAUCAACAGGAUAGCUGAUGGCUACCAUGACCUCAUGGACAAUAAAAGCGACGAGAGAGUGAAAGAUUGGUUCCUAAUGUCUUCGCCUUUCCCCACAUUAUGCAUCUGUCUCACAUAUGUUUUCAUAGUCAAAGUUGCAGGGCCCAAGUUUAUGGAAAAUAGGAAACCAUACGAACUGAAAAAUGUACUUCUGUGGUACAAUUUGUUCCAGGUUAUAUUUAGCGCGUGGCUCUUCUACGAGAGUAUAGUCAGUGGGUGGUUUACAACACAUAGUUUUAGAUGUCAACCUGUGGAUUAUUCGAGAAGUCCUCAAGCAAUGCGGACUGUAAACGGCUGUUGGUGGUAUUACUUCUCGAAGUUUACGGAAUUUUUCGACACGUUCUUCUUCGUUUUAAGGAAGAAGUUUGAUCACGUGUCGAAGCUUCAUGUUAUUCAUCAUGGUAUCAUGCCAAUGUCCGUGUGGUUCGGAGUCAAGUUCACACCUGGUGGUCACUCGACAUUCUUCGGAAUGCUCAACACGUUCGUACACAUCGUUAUGUACUCGUAUUAUCUAUUGGCUGCCCUCGGCCCUAAAGUUCAGAAGUAUCUCUGGUGGAAGAGAUACCUCACAGCUCUGCAAAUGGUGCAAUUCGUCCUUGUGUUCUUCCACGCGUUCCAGCUGCUGUUCAUCGACUGCGACUACCCCCGCGCGUUCGUCUGGUGGAUCGGCAUGCACGCCGUUCUAUUUUACUACCUAUUCUCCGAUUUCUACAAACAGGCUUACAUCAAAAAAGCCAACGCCAAGAAAGAAAAGGCGGCGCAAAAGCUUCUGGUCGAAACGUCAAAACCAGAGACAAAGGAUAGAAUGUUGCCAUUGCUCAAUGGUUUCAGCAACGGCUCGGCGCUCGGCGACGUGCGGCAGCGGGUGGCCGGCGCGGUCGCGUCUCAGUGAGUUAGUCACAUUUGUUCAGCGCGUGCCAAGCGAGUUAUUCUUUAGUUAACAUACUCUGUCUUUGCGUAUAGAGGAGUGCAAUUUUUUUUAUGUUCUCGAAUCGUGAGAAACGCUCAAUUAGUUUGAAGGUUGAUAGGAUUGUAGAUUAUUCAACGUUAGGUCUGUGACCUACCUACUUUCAAGUGUCCGAAUAGUUAUUGAAAUAGAUUUUGGCAAAAUUUUGAACGAUAAAGUAAAGAUGUGAAAUAGUUUUUGUGGUGAUUUUUAUUUUUAUAGUAUUCAUAAAUCUGUCGUUAAAGAAUUUCUUAAUUCAUUUACUAUAUAAUCAUAUAUGUAACAUAAUCAAAUAUCUAUUAGAAUCUUUUUAACAAUUAAUGUAAAUAUAUUUUCUUUUCUGCAUACUUUUUCGCUUGUAUUUAUGAUACGUCAAAUUCAUUUACGGAACUUUAAAAGUCACGGAUACAAUCAAUAAUGGCUUAACACAAAACUUAUUAAUAUUACAAAUAAAAUUAGAGUAGUUAAAACAGUGUCAUAAACCAUUGCGGACAAUUAUAUGAAAUGACGUAUUUUUACUCGUAUGAUAUUGUUUACACCACAAAAGCUAUUAAAAGUAUAAUUUCCCUGUGUUAUUAUAUGUAAAUAGUAAAUACCUAGAUACUAAAUAUUGGAUCUAACACUUAUUUGCGGUGAUGUAUUUUUUUAUAAUGAUUAACAUGUAAUUCUUUAGGUGAAACGACUUUACUAAUUAAUAUUUAUUCAUCAAUUGAAUAUAAUAUCGCAAUAAUUUUUUCUACUUAAAAGUAGAUAACAACUGCAUUUUUUUAAGUGGUAGGAACGCAGUUAUGUAAAUAUUUUAAAUAAAUGGUGGUUUAUUGCCCCUAGAUAUAAUUUUAGAGUUGGUUGAGUGUGGGUUAAGUUUGAAAUGUCAAAAUUAAUUUAUAAGGAAAUUGUAUACAUUACUCCAUUACUCUAUGCAAUCCAACUAAGAAUAGGGACGUCAAUGACCUAAAUGUGUCAAUUACACUCACAAAAUGGCACUAAAUAGGUCCUAUUAUAUUUUGAUAGCAUACUUUAAAUAAAUGAAACUUUAAUAAUGUUUGGUCCCUUUGACUGUUGUGAAUUAUCCAUCAUCAACUUUGUUAUUUAAUAAAAUAUGAAAUAUAUUAUGCCUCUCUAUAACAGCUGAGCUUAAUUUUAGUGAAAAUGAUGUUAAAUAAAUUUUCUCUUACU